AUGUCAGAAGAUUCGGGUCCUUCAACACCUGCCGAGAGACGGUUUCCAUCUACCCCUCCGGCUUCUUCUACACGCGAGGAAGGCAUAGGACCGCUGGAUGCUACCGCGGGUCCUUCAACACCUGCCGAAAGACGGUUUCCAUCUACCCCUCCGGCUUCUUCUACACGCGAGGAAGGCAUAGGACCGCUGGAUGCUACCGCGGGUCCUUCAACACCUGCCGAGAGACGGUUUCCAUCUACCCCUCCGGCUUCUUCUACACGCGAGGAAGGCAUAGGACCGCUGGAUGCUACCGCGGGUCCUCCAACACCUGCCGAGAGACGGUUUCCAUCUACCCCUCCGGCUUCUUCUACACGCGAGGAAGGCAUAGGACCGCUGGAUGCUACCGCGGGUCCUCCAACACCUGCCGAGAGACGGUUUCCAUCUACCCCUCCGGCUUCUUCUACACGCGAGGAAGGCAUAAGACCGCUGGAUGCUACCGCGGGUCCUCCAACACCUGCCGAGAGACGGUUUCCAUCUACCCCUCCGGCUUCUUCUACACGCGAGGAAGGCAUAAGACCGCUGGAUGCUACCGCGGGUCCUUCAACACCUGCCGAAAGACGGUUUAAAUCUACCCCUCCGGCUUCUUCUACACGCGAUGAAGGCAUAGGACCGCUGGAUGCUACCGCGGGUCCUCCAACACCUGCCGAGAGACGGUUUCCAUCUACCCCUCCGGCUUCUUCUACACGCGAGGAAGGCAUAAGACCGCUGGAUGCUACCGCGGGUCCUUCAACACCUGCCGAAAGACGGUUUAAAUCUACCCCUCCGGCUUCUUCUACACGCGAGGAAGGCAUAGGACCGCUGGAUGCUACCGCGGGUCGUCCAACACCUGCCGAGAGACGGUUUCCAUCUACCCCUCCGGCUUCUUCUACACGCGAGGAAGGCAUAAGACCGCUGGAUGCUACCGCGGGUCCUUCAACACCUGCCGAGAGACGGUUUCCAUCUACCCCUCCGGCUUCUUCUACACGCGAGGAAGGCAUAGGACCGCUGGAUGCUACCGCGGGUCCUUCAACACCUGCCGAAAGACGGUUUCCAUCUACCCCUCCGGCUUCUUCUACACGCGAGGAAGGCAUAGGACCGCUGGAUGCUACCGCGGGUCCUUCAACACCUGCCGAGAGACGGUUUCCAUCUACCCCUCCGGCUUCUUCUACACGCGAGGAAGGCAUAGGACCGCUGGAUGCUACCGCGGGUCCUCCAACACCUGCCGAGAGACGGUUUCCAUCUACCCCUCCGGCUUCUUCUACACGCGAGGAAGGCAUAGGACCGCUGGAUGCUACCGCGGGUCCUCCAACACCUGCCGAGAGACGGUUUCCAUCUACCCCUCCGGCUUCUUCUACACGCGAGGAAGGCAUAAGACCGCUGGAUGCUACCGCGGGUCCUCCAACACCUGCCGAGAGACGGUUUCCAUCUACCCCUCCGGCUUCUUCUACACGCGAGGAAGGCAUAAGACCGCUGGAUGCUACCGCGGGUCCUUCAACACCUGCCGAAAGACGGUUUAAAUCUACCCCUCCGGCUUCUUCUACACGCGAGGAAGGCAUAGGACCGCUGGAUGCUACCGCGGGUCCUUCAACACCUGCCGAGAGACGGUUUCCAUCUACCCCUCCGGCUUCUUCUACACGCGAGGAAGGCAUAGGACCGCUGGAUGCUACCGCGGGUCCUUCAACACCUGCCGAAAGACGGUUUCCAUCUACCCCUCCGGCUUCUUCUACACGCGAGGAAGGCAUAGGACCGCUGGAUGCUACCGCGGGUCCUUCAACACCUGCCGAGAGACGGUUUCCAUCUACCCCUCCGGCUUCUUCUACACGCGAGGAAGGCAUAGGACCGCUGGAUGCUACCGCGGGUCCUUCAACACCUGCCGAAAGACGGUUUCCAUCUACCCCUCCGGCUUCUUCUACACGCGAGGAAGGCAUAGGACCGCUGGAUGCUACCGCGGGUCCUUCAACACCUGCCGAGAGACGGUUUCCAUCUACCCCUCCGGCUUCUUCUACACGCGAGGAAGGCAUAGGACCGCUGGAUGCUACCGCGGGUCCUCCAACACCUGCCGAGAGACGGUUUCCAUCUACCCCUCCGGCUUCUUCUACACGCGAGGAAGGCAUAGGACCGCUGGAUGCUACCGCGGGUCCUCCAACACCUGCCGAGAGACGGUUUCCAUCUACCCCUCCGGCUUCUUCUACACGCGAGGAAGGCAUAAGACCGCUGGAUGCUACCGCGGGUCCUCCAACACCUGCCGAGAGACGGUUUCCAUCUACCCCUCCGGCUUCUUCUACACGCGAGGAAGGCAUAAGACCGCUGGAUGCUACCGCGGGUCCUUCAACACCUGCCGAAAGACGGUUUAAAUCUACCCCUCCGGCUUCUUCUACACGCGAGGAAGGCAUAGGACCGCUGGAUGCUACCGCGGGUCCUUCAACACCUGCCGAGAGACGGUUUCCAUCUACCCCUCCGGCUUCUUCUACACGCGAGGAAGGCAUAGGACCGCUGGAUGCUACCGCGGGUCCUUCAACACCUGCCGAAAGACGGUUUCCAUCUACCCCUCCGGCUUCUUCUACACGCGAGGAAGGCAUAGGACCGCUGGAUGCUACCGCGGGUCCUUCAACACCUGCCGAGAGACGGUUUCCAUCUACCCCUCCGGCUUCUUCUACACGCGAGGAAGGCAUAGGACCGCUGGAUGCUACCGCGGGUCCUUCAACACCUGCCGAGAGACGGUUUCCAUCUACCCCUCCGGCUUCUUCUACACGCGAGGAAGGCAUAGGACCGCUGGAUGCUACCGCGGGUCCUCCAACACCUGCCGAGAGACGGUUUCCAUCUACCCCUCCGGCUUCUUCUACACGCGAGGAAGGCAUAAGACCGCUGGAUGCUACCGCGGGUCCUUCAACACCUGCCGAGAGACGGUUUCCAUCUACCCCUCCGGCUUCUUCUACACGCGAGGAAGGCAUAGGACCGCUGGAUGCUACCGCGGGUCCUCCAACACCUGCCGAGAGACGGUUUCCAUCUACCCCUCCGGCUUCUUCUACACGCGAGGAAGGCAUAGGACCGCUGGAUGCUACCGCGGGUCCUCCAACACCUGCCGAGAGACGGUUUCCAUCUACCCCUCCGGCUUCUUCUACACGCGAGGAAGGCAUAAGACCGCUGGAUGCUACCGCGGGUCCUCCAACACCUGCCGAGAGACGGUUUCCAUCUACCCCUCCGGCUUCUUCUACACGCGAGGAAGGCAUAAGACCGCUGGAUGCUACCGCGGGUCCUUCAACACCUGCCGAAAGACGGUUUAAAUCUACCCCUCCGGCUUCUUCUACACGCGAGGAAGGCAUAGGACCGCUGGAUGCUACCGCGGGUCCUUCAACACCUGCCGAGAGACGGUUUCCAUCUACCCCUCCGGCUUCUUCUACACGCGAGGAAGGCAUAGGACCGCUGGAUGCUACCGCGGGUCCUUCAACACCUGCCGAAAGACGGUUUCCAUCUACCCCUCCGGCUUCUUCUACACGCGAGGAAGGCAUAGGACCGCUGGAUGCUACCGCGGGUCCUUCAACACCUGCCGAGAGACGGUUUCCAUCUACCCCUCCGGCUUCUUCUACACGCGAGGAAGGCAUAGGACCGCUGGAUGCUACCGCGGGUCCUUCAACACCUGCCGAGAGACGGUUUCCAUCUACCCCUCCGGCUUCUUCUACACGCGAGGAAGGCAUAGGACCGCUGGAUGCUACCGCGGGUCCUCCAACACCUGCCGAGAGACGGUUUCCAUCUACCCCUCCGGCUUCUUCUACACGCGAGGAAGGCAUAAGACCGCUGGAUGCUACCGCGGGUCCUUCAACACCUGCCGAGAGACGGUUUCCAUCUACCCCUCCGGCUUCUUCUACACGCGAGGAAGGCAUAGGACCGCUGGAUGCUACCGCGGGUCCUUCAACACCUGCCGAGAGACGGUUUCCAUCUACCCCUCCGGCUUCUUCUACACGCGAGGAAGGCAUAGGACCGCUGGAUGCUACCGCGGGUCCUCCAACACCUGCCGAGAGACGGUUUCCAUCUACCCCUCCGGCUUCUUCUACACGCGAGGAAGGCAUAAGACCGCUGGAUGCUACCGCGGGUCCUUCAACACCUGCCGAGAGACGGUUUCCAUCUACCCCUCCUGCUUCUUCUACACGCGAGGAAGGCAUAGGACCGCUGGAUGCUACCGCGGGUCCUUCAACACCUGCCGAGAGACGGUUUCCAUCUACCCCUCCGGCUUCUUCUACACGCGAGGAAGGCAUAGGACCGCUGGAUGCUACCGCGGGUCCUUCAACACCUGCCGAGAGACGGUUUCCAUCUACCCCUCCGGCUUCUUCUACACGCGAGGAAGGCAUAGGACCGCUGGAUGCUACCGCGGGUCCUUCAACACCUGCCGAAAGACGGUUUCCAUCUACCCCUCCGGCUUCUUCUACACGCGAGGAAGGCAUAGGACCGCUGGAUGCUACCGCGGGUCCUUCAACACCUGCCGAAAGACGGUUUCCAUCUACCCCUCCGGCUUCUUCUACACGCGAGGAAGGCAUAGGACCGCUGGAUGCUACCGCGGGUCCUUCAACACCUGCCGAGAGACGGUUUCCAUCUCCCCCUCUCGCAUCACCCUUGCACCAGAUGGGCCAACAGGAAGGCACUGGCUCUGUGUCCACUACUCAGAGGCGGGGGCGUCCUCAAAAGCUGAGAACACCAAGAACUGCGUCCCUUAUCUACAGCCUGCAGGCAACAAGGGAACGCCUGCGACGUUCGUUGUUCAGAAGCCGUGGAACUAGGCAUUUUGGGGGCCUCACCAAGGGCCAGAUAGUGCAUGGAGCGUCUAGGUACCUUUCAAAACGUGCCCUUGACCUGUUCCGUGCUCAGCUGUGCCUGCAGCCCUUACACAAGUUUUGUCGUAGGUGGCCUCCCCAUUUCAGGAGCUUUGCUCUCAAUCUGCACUUCAAGGGCCCUCAAGCUUACAGGUACCUAAGCGAAGUAUUGGCUCUGCCAUCUGAGAGUUCAUUGAGAAAUUGGCUUAAGGAAAUUACUUUGGAACCUGGAGUCAUGCCUUCAGUUCUCGAAGGACUGAAGACAAAACUCGAGGGGCUGCCACCAAAAGAUCGCACAUGUGUACUGUUAUUCGAUGAGAUGUCCAUUAAGGAGCACCUGCAGUACGAUUCCAGAUCAGACACUGUUUACGGCUUUGCAGACACAGGAAAAGAAAGGAACUCCCAGAUGGCAAACUCUGCUUUGCUUGUUGCACUCUCAGGGAUAACUAAAUCCUGGGUUCAGCCCUUGUGUUAUUUAUUUUCGAAGUCUAGUGUGUCAGCAGACACACUGCAAGAUUUGAUUCAGGACCUCAUUCGACAGCUUCGAUCAUUGGAUGUCUCUGUGAAAGCGGUUGUCUGUGACUAG